AACUCUACUGUGUAAUCUGAUGGAGAGAGACAUGUCAAUAAAAGACGAAGACCAUUAUUAGAGGGAACUGUAUUCUCCGUGACUCCGUCCCACCCACUGUCAUAAGCUCAUAUGCAUGUUUUUGUAUUUUUGUAUUUGAGUGUGUUUGAAACUAAACAUGUUUUUAUAUUUAUGUUUGUGUUUGAGAUAAUGUAUUUGUAAUUUAUGUUGACAUUUGAUUUUUAAGUAUUCGGUUUCUUUAUAAUAAUUAAUUGUUAUACGUAUUUGGUGUUUAUAUAUUUUCAUUCUCUUUACUUUAGAGAUUAUCAGCUGCAGUUUCCUAGUUUUAGUUAACUUUUUUCACUCUGCAAGUUUCAAUUCAUCACCACGAUACAACCACUACAUUUUCAUCCCCAAGUUUUGUGAUUUUUUGAAUCUUUUUAAUUGUCUUUACUUUUACAAACUAUCUCUGUCUUUUGUUAAUUUGGAUCAUUGUUUUCUCUUAAUUGUUAAUACAAUGAGCUGCACUGCAUAUUCCUAAUUUUAUAUAUCAUCUUUAAUUUUAAAUUUUGAAUUUAUCCACUCGAUAAUUUUUUUGUAUUUUGCUAUGAACCUGACUUUUGCAACAAGGAAACUGCAUGAGGACAUGUACUUUUUUAAUUAUUAGUAAACAAAAAAAAGUGAGGAUCGACACUUUAAACUCUUAAAACUUUUUACACCAUAUUAAAACCAAAAGAUAAGUCAUAUUAUUGAUCUUAAGCAAGAAAAGUAUCUGGAUCUUACCAAUGUUUCUCUUCUGCACUAUUUCUCAAUGUUUCUCUCUGUAAAAAAUGUACGGUUGAUCGCAUAGAUCAAAAAACCUUGGAAAAGCUUCGACUGGAAAGGUUGGCUAAAAUCAAUGAGCUUGAAAAACGGACCAAUUAUUAUACCACACUACAACUUAUUCAGUAUGUUCGAUAUCUCGCAUAAAAAGGAAGGGACAAGGGCUAUGUAAGAUCGACUGAGCUAAAGAGAAGAAGGCUUUCUUGUGUUUGUGCUACAGAGACACAGAUUGAGAUUAUGUGUGUGUUUGUGGUCCUUGUGGAUGCUGAGUGCUCGUUCGAGGUACCAUGAGUUCCUAAUAUCCGAAGGUGCUGACUGACAGUUCUGGUUCUGGUUGGUAACUAUUCGAUUCUGAUGUCUCAAACGAUGAUUGUUAAUACGUUUUUGGGGUUUAAUUUUUUUUAAAGAAAAUUGUUUGUACCUUGAAAAAUUGUCUGUUUUCGUUAAGUGACGAGGACCAUUAUUAUUAUUUAUUUUUUUGUAACUGGACGAGAACCAUUAUUGCAUGGAACUUUAUUCUCUAUCCCCCACUGACAUAUACUGUCAUAGAAUGGUACUAUGGUAGUCGACAAAACAAAACAAAAAAAGAAUGGCAGAAAUAUACCUUGUUUAUAAAAACGUGGGAGAUAGAGGGAACCAAACUUCCAUGAAACCACUAACGUCAACCUCGCGUGGUAAAUGCACAGUUUGAUUUAACGAAAUUGUAAAAAAAUGAUAAAAAAUACUAACAGAUUAUUAAUAAAAGAUUUUACAUUAAUUUUUUAGUUAAUGAUAUGAGUGUGACUUUUGCAAUAAUAUUCACGCACAAGACUGUGUUCUUUAACUACAUUCCUAAUUAAAUUACCAAAUUUCUUAGCAAAAAAUGUGAUGAUUUAAGUUCUAACCUAUAUGCCAUAUUUAAACCAAAAGAAAAGCUUUCCGCCAUAUAUAAAGAAAGAGAGACGAAAAAUCAGAAGAGAGAAAACAAAAAAAAAAUUCAAAAAAUGACUGAAGACCAUUAGGGGCGGGAACUUUAACCUCAGUCUCUCCACUUAAAUUGUUCUUCCACUUUAGCAAGGAACAAACUCCGGAAGAUCAAAUAUUUCUGAGUAAAGAAACAUGAGCGACGAGAAUACAAAAUGCUCUAUCUUAUUGAUUCUCUUGAAGGUGCUGCUUUUGCUGAUCCUUUAUUCUGAAGAUGUUGCUGCUUCAAGCUCUUGUCAAAGUCAGUGCGGAGGUGUCACGAUACAAUACCCUUUUGGAAUCGGAAAGGGUUGCUACCUAGAGAAGUCUUACGAGAUCAAAUGUCUUAGUUCCACUACUUCAGGAAAGCUUGCUCCUUUCCUCUAUAUAACCGACAACAACAGAGAAGUUGUGAAUAUCUCUCUUCCAGAGAUAGAAGCUUAUUCUCCUAAUGAACCACUUUAUUUACUAUCAUUUGGGUCAGUUCGUGUUAAAAUACCGAUAACAUCAUCCGGGUGCGGUGUAAAAGAGUCCCCAGAAUCAUUACUGAAUUUCACUGGUACCCCUUUUUUCAUUGACUACCAAAACAGCCUCGUUGCCGUUGGUAGCAAUGCCAAAGUGUCGUUGACUCAUGUAGAGCCAAACAUAGUGGGAUGCGAGCUGACUAGCAAUACAGGCAAAUACCAGUCUAGCAAUAGUGUUCCUUUUCUCAAAAACACGCAGUGCUUGGCCAGCAGUCAGAGCUAUUUAUACGGGGCAUGUCCACUGUACAAUGAAGAUGUAAAGGAAUGCAAUGGUAGCGGAUGUUGCAAGGUUGGACUAAGAGAGCAUCAGCAAGCUAUUGGUAUCAGGAUCGAGAGCAACGAUUCGACAACAACAAGAGAAGAAAAGUGUAGAGUCGCCUUCUUGACAAUUGAAUCGUACACUUCCUCAAAUGCGACAAACCCACAAGAGUUAUUUGAUAAGGGAUAUGCUACGCUUAGUCUAGGGUGGGUAAUCCAGACGAAGAAUCAUUCUUUCGUGAGCUCCUUGUCCUGUGACAACAGAGACGUCUACGAAAAUACUACUUAUGCGGCUGUAUCCCAAAGGAAGUGUAUCUGCGGUAAAAGCACCAUUGCUAAGAUUAGCUAUGCACAUUGUUCCUGCAAAAGAGGUUACACAGGGAACGCAUAUGACCCUCACGGAUGCCAAGACGUUAAUGAAUGCAAAACCGAACAUAUCUCGUGUGAAGGAAUGAACACAUGUGUGAAUACUGAAGGAGGCCAUCACUGUGCGGGCGAUAAGAAAAAAGCAAUACUCAUUGGGCUGGGUUCAGGUUUUGGUGCUUUAGCUCUAGUUAGCGGAGUAUGGUGGUUGAGAAAAUUUCUAAUAAAGAGAAGGAUGACAAAGCAGAAGAAUAAAUUCUUCAAACGUAACGGGGGACUACUGCUGCAGCAACAAUUAUACACAAGAGACGGCAAUGUCGAAACGACAAAAAUCUUCAGCUCGGGAGAGUUGGAGAAAGCCACGGAAAACUUCAGCGAAAACAGAGUUCUUGGACAAGGAGGUCAAGGCACUGUGUACAAAGGUAUGCUGGUAGAUGGUAGCACCGUUGCAGUCAAAAAAUCCAAAAUCAUAGAUGAAGACAAACUGCAAGAGUUCAUCAAUGAGGUUGUGAUUCUCUCUCAGAUCAACCAUAGACAUAUAGUGAAACUCUUGGGAUGUUGUCUUGAGACAGAAGUUCCUAUCCUGGUUUAUGAGUUUAUUCUCAACGGAAACCUUUUCCAGCAUAUCCAUGAAGAGUCUGAUGAUUACAGUAUGAUCUGGGGAAUGCGUCUACGCAUUGCUGUGGACGUGGCAGGGGCUCUUUCUUAUCUUCAUUCUUCAGCAAGCUCUCCAAUCUAUCACAGAGAUAUCAAGUCGACGAACAUAUUACUAGACGAGAAGCACCGAGCCAAGGUGGCUGAUUUCGGAACAUCAAGGUCAAUAACCAUAGAUCAAACUCAUUGGACAACAGUUGUUUCAGGUACCGUCGGUUAUGUGGAUCCAGAGUAUUACCGGUCUAGCCAGUUUACAGAAAAGAGUGAUGUUUACAGCUUUGGGGUCGUCCUAGCGGAACUUAUUACUGGAGAUAAGCCUGUGGUAACAAUACAAAACACUAGAGAAACAAUAAGCUUAUCAGAGCAUUUCAAACUCGCAGUGAAAAAGAAGAGGUUGUCUGAUGUUAUGGAUGCUCGAAUAAAAGAGGAUUGCAAAAUGAAACAAGUCAUGGCAGUGGCAAACCUGGCGGUGAAGUGCUUGAGCUCGAAAGGGAAUAAACGUCCAAAUAUGAGAGAAGUUUUUACCGAGUUAGAGAGAAUUUCCGCGUCUCCAGAGGAUUCACAUGUACAGGUUAUGAUUGAUGAAGAUGAAGAUGAAGAAGACGAGGAAGAAGAGGUUACGAAUAUGGUAAACAGAGGCAAUUCUUUGAGAGUUGGUCUGACUGCUCCAGCCUUAGGUAUUGUCGCUUCGCCUUCUUCUUCAAAUGCUGAAUCAUUGAUUCCUCGUCCCACAUGGUGAGUCUAUCAGAUUUUAGAGUAAUGGUGAAUAAAUGUGAUGAUCAUCAUCUUUAAAACGUUUGGUAAUAAAUUUGCAAAUCUGAGUUUCAAUUCUGGAUUUAAAUGAUUUUGUUUUGUAUUAAUGUGUGUGCUUGAAACUACAUGUUCUUGUAUUUAUGUUUGUGUUUGAGACAAUGUAUUUGUAAUUUAUGUUGACAUUUGUUUUUUA